AUGGGAUUUCUCGUUAUCCUCUCUUUGUCUUUUUUUCAUUUCUUCUUUCUCUCUUUUCCUUCUUUUUUAUUCCGUCUUUCUCUAUUUUUCUUUCUUUCAUUUCUUCUUCCUCUCUUUUCCUUCUUUCUUUCAUUUCUUCUUCCUCUCUUUUCCUUCUUUCUUUCAUUUCUUCUUCCUCUCUUUUCCUUCUUUCUUUCAUUUCUACUUCUUCUCUCUUCCUUUUUUUUUAUUCUUUCUUUCUCUAUUUUUUCUUUCAUUUCUUCUUUCUCUCUUUUCCUUCUUUCUUUCAUUUAUUCUUUCUGUCUUUUCCUUCUUUUUUAUUCCUUCUUUCUCUAUUUUUCUUUCUUUUAUUUCUUCUUUCUCUCUUUUCCUUCUUUCUUUCAUUUAUUCUUCUUCUCUUUGCCUUCUUUUUUAUUCCUUCUUUCUCUAUUUUUCUUUCUUUCAUGCCUUCUUCUUCUCUUUUCCUUCUUUUUUAUUCCUUUUUUCUCUAUUUUUUUCAUUUUUUCUUUCUCUCUUUUCCUCCUUUUUUAUUCUUUUUUCUCUAUUUUUUCUUUCAUUUCUUCUUUCUUUCUUUUCCUUCUUCUUUCAUUUCUUCUUCUUCUCUCUUCCUUCUUUUUUAUUCUUUCUUUCUCUAUUUUUCUUUCUUUCAUUUCUUCUUCCUUUUUCCUCCAUUUUUAUUCCUUUUUCUCUAUUUUUUCUUUCAUCUCUUCUUUCUUUCUUUUCCUUCUUCUUUCAUUUCUUCUUCUUCUCUCUUCCUUCUUUUUUAUUCUUUUUUUCUCUAUUUUUCUUUCUUUCAUUUCUUCUUUCUCUCUUUUUCUUCUUUUUGUUUCUUCUUUCCCUAUUUUUCUUUCUUUCAUUUCUUCUUUCUCUCUUUUUCUUCUUUCUUUCCUUUCUUCUUCUUCUCUCUUACUUCUUUUUUAUUCCUUCUUUAUUUUUCUUUCUUUCAUUUCUUCUUCUUCUCUUUUCCUCCUUUUUUAUUCCUUCUUUCUCUAUUUUUUCUUUCAUUUCUUCUUUCUCUCUUUUCCUUCUUUCUUUCAUUUCUUUUUCAUGUCUUUUCCUUUUUUCUUUCAUUUCUUCUUCUUCUCUUUUCCUUCUUUUUUAUUCCUUCUUUAUCGAUUUUUCUUUCUUUCGUUUCUUCUUUCUCUCUUUUCUUUCAUUCUUUCUUUCCUUUUUUUUCUAUUUUCCUUCUUUUUUUUUCCUUCUUUCUCGAUUUUUUCUUCUUUCUUUCUUUUCCUUCUUUCUUUCAUUCCUCCUCCUUCCGUUUUCCUUCUUUUUAUUCCUUUUUUCUCUAUUUUUCUUUCUUUCAUUUCUUCUUUCUCAUUUUUCCUUCUUUUUUUCCUUCCUUCUUCUUCUCUCUUACUUCUUUUUUAUUCCUUCUUUUCUAUUUUUCUUUCUUUCAUUUCUUCUUUCUCUCUUUUCCUUUUUUCUUUCAUUUCUUUUCUUCUUCUCUUUUCCUUCUUUUUUAUUCGCUCUUUCUCUAUUUUUCUUUCUUUCAUUUCUUCUUUCUUUUUUUCUUUCUUUCUUUCAUUUCUUCUUUCUCUCUUUUUCUUCAUUCUUUUACUCCUUCUUUUCUCUUUUCCCUAUUUUCCUUCUCUCUUUUCUCUGUUUCCUUUCUUCUUUCCCUCUUUUUUCUCAUUUCUGUCUUUCUUCCUUUCGUUUUUUCUUUCUCUCUUUCUAUUCCUCUUCUUUCCUUUCUUCUUUCUCUCUUUUCCUUCGAUCUUCUUCAUUUUUUCUUCUUUCCUUCUUCCUUUCGUUUUUCUUCUUCUCUUCUUUCGUCUUCUCUUUUUUUUCUUCUUCAUUUCUUCUUUCUCUCUUUGUCUUCCUUCAACCUUUCUUUCUUUCUUUCCCUUCUUCCUUCUUACGCCUAUUUUUAGGGACGCUAAAAGAUGGGGUAAUUGUUUCGCUCUUUCACGAACCUGUAAAUACUUUUCUCUUAUGUCACUCUCUACCGUCUCCUCCUCUUUUCAAUCGCUCUUGUUUUCACUCUCCUCUUUCACUCUCUCUUUGAUCUUCUCUCUCUCUCUUUCCUUCUCUCUGUCAUUCACUGUCUUCCCUCUCCUCCUCCUCCUGUUUUCCUCCUACCAUCUGUUUCUUUUAAUUUUACCUCAAAUUCUUCUUCUUCUUCUUCUUCUUCUUCUUCUUCUUCUUCGUCUUCUUCUUCUUCUUCUUCUUCUUCUUCGUCUUCUUCUUCUUCUUCUUCGUCUUCUUCUUCUUCUUCUUCUUCUUCUUCUUUGCUUCCUUCUUCCGUUCUUCUUUCUUUCUCUCAUUUUAUCUUUCUUUCUUUCUGUCCCUCUCUUUAUUCAUACCUUCUUUCUCUCUUUUUCUUCUUUCCUUCUUUCUUUUGCACUUUUCUUCUUCUUCUUCCUUCCUUCUGCACUUUUUCUUCUUUCUUGCUUUUUCUCUUCUUUUGUUCUUUCUUUCUCUCCUUGUCUUCUUUCAUUCCUUCUUUCUCUCAUUUUCUUCCUUCUUCCGCGUUCUUUUCUUCUUUCUUUCUUUCUUCCUCUUUAUUGCUUCCUUUAUUCCUUCUUUCUCUCUUUGAGUUCUUUCAUUCCUUCUUCCUCUCUUUUUCUUCUUUCGCCCUUCUUCCGCAUCUUUUUCUUCUUUCCUUCUUUCUUUCUCUCUUUCCUCUCUUUCUCUUCUAUCAUUCUUUCUUUCUCUCUAUUUCUGAUUUCCCGUCUUCUACCGCACUUUUCUUUGUUCUUUUUUUUUCUUCUUUUCUUUUUAUUUCUUUCUUUCUUCCUUUUUCUUGUUCUACUCUUUCCUUCUUUCUUUCUUUCCUUCUUUCUUUCUUUCUUUCUUUCCUUCUUUCUUUCUUCUUUUUUCUCGCUUAUCUCAUCGUCCCUCUUGUUAUUCUCCUCUUUCCGUUUGCCUCUCUUUAUUUUUCUCCUUUCUAACGUUUCGCUUUCUCUCUUUUUUUUCUACGAUCUUCUCAUUCUUUUUAAAUGUUUUUCUAUCGUCAUUGUCUUCCGCGUAUUCAACUCCCCGCCUCUCUUCCCACCCUCCAAUUGUUUCUUUCAAUCUCGUCUUCUUCACAUCACCCACUCAAUUUUGCUCUCCUUUCUCUUCACCUCUUCUCUCUCUCUCUCUCACAUUUCCUUAUUUUUAUUGUUUUGUCACGCUAACUACAUUGGCCUCUCUCCUUUUGCUGCGCCGACGAUUAGUCCUGCAGCCCCUCUUAGGAUCGUUAAUGCAUGUGUCUCCGGUGAUAGCUCAUUGGGCAAAGUGCAGAGUUCCAAUUCACUAGCGGCCAGGCGACACCAAAUCUAUCUGUCUCUCUAUUUACCUACCCGCCCAACACGUUUCCCUCUCUGUGUCUCUUCUGAUACCCACCCUUUCUAUGUCUUUACACGUCUUCCUCUUUUUUCUCUCUCCCUCUUUGAGAUUUUGAUUUGCUUUCUUUUUCUUACACCGACUGUUCCCUCUUAUUGA